AUGGAAUUGACCAAGAAACCUCCCUGGUCGUCCCUCACACUCUACUCCUACGCUCAGGCGACCCGCAUAUCUCGCUCCACCAUCAUGUGCAGUUCCGACUGUUUCCUGAUGCUCCUGAGCGUCCUCUUCCCACCCGUCGGAGUCUGGGUGAAAAAAGGGCUCUGCAGCGCAGACUCGCUCAUCAACCUCGGACUCUGCUGUCUCGGUUUCCUGCCCGGCCUGCUCCACGCCUGGUACGUGAUUCUACAGAACCCGGAUCCCUACGACGCCUACCAGGCCGUUGCGGCCGACAGCGAGCGCGCCGACACACGCACAACCUACUACGUCAUCACGCACGAACAGCCUGUCGCGGGCGCACAAGGACAGCCCAAUUAUGGGACGCUGGUUGGCGGCGGCAGUCAGCCGAGUAACGGGCAGUUUCCGGGGCAGCAGCAGGGUGGGGUGGUGAAUCAGAAUCAGCAGCGCAAGGGGGCUGGGGGUGCGCGGGAGGGGGCAGAGGGCAGUUCGAGUGCGCCGGUGGAGCCGCCGCCGACAUUGAUUCUUCGCCUGUACACCCAAGUGGAGCCUGAGGGCUAUUCGCUUCUCAUGCAAAUCUAUGCUGCACAGCCGACGACUCCAUCUCCCAUCUACCCUACACUGCCACCAGACACCCGCACACCCCAACAGGGCUCGACAUGCCAACUCCAGCCAGGUUGUUAG